AUGGACCAGUCACCCUCAAUAGCAGCAUGGACUCCUACAACUACUGCCACAUCAACUUCGUUGAAAAGUGUAGCCACUUCAGCGCACUCAGCACUUGAGCUGAGCUUGUCAAAAGCCCUUCAUUCACUAACGGGCCACACAACAACAAUGGAAAGAAACGACUAUAUACAUGCCUCAAGAGCAGCUCGUGGUGCGCAGGCCUCUUUGUCGAUCAUUUCUGGCGAAAACAUACUAGCGACCGCAACAGCAGAAAGUAUCAAAGCACAAGCAACAGAGAUGAUUUGGAAUCUGACGCAAAAUUUAGAGGACUUAGCGUGGGAGGAAAACAUGUAUGGUAUACGUCGUUUGACACGUCCGGGAAACAUAUUCUUUUUAGCUGCAUUUUCGAUAACAUUCCUAUGGUAUACCCUAAUAUUUAUAAAAUCGAGAUACUGGUGGUUCAACAUUGCAUUCUUUUGUGGAGCGUUAUUGGAGUUUUUGGGGUUCCUUGGUAGGGUUUUGUCUUUCAAUGACAUGAGCUCUUUCCUGUACUAUGUAAUGCAAAUGGUGACAUUGACUAUUGCACCUGCAUUUACCAUGGGUGGAAUAUAUUUCUUAUUGGGUCAAUUGGUUAUUAUUCACGGUCGUCAGUUUUCAUUUUUGAAGCCGUUAUGGUAUGCUUACAUAUUCAUUGCUUGUGAUAUUUUGUCAUUAUUUAUCCAAGCUGCAGGAGGUGGGGUUGCUAGUGCCGCUACCCUGGGUAACACCAGUCCCGACCCAGGCACCAACACUAUGAUUGCUGGUAUUGCAUUUCAGGCUUUUGCAAUGUCUAUUUAUGUUUCACUAUGGUUCGUGUUUAUAUGGAAAAUAUAUUUUCCUAAAAAGGACACUCAUGCACGCUAUGCUAUAGAAAAGGACAAUCAACAACAAAUGCUAAAGCCAGGAUUGAAAAAUUUCCUCAAACUAUUCUUCAAUACAAAAGCCUCUGCUGAGUACAAAAGAACUGUGUUGGAACCCUUUUACAAUCCAAAAUACAGUGAUAUUAGACAAAGACCGUUAUACAAUUACUUCCCCUUGGCAGUCACAUGUGCCAUAAUUGCAAUUUUCAUUCGUUGCAUUUACAGAGUUGUCGAAUUGGCGCAAGGUUUUAGAGGAUACUUGAUUACACACGAGGUGUACAUUAUGUGCUUGGAUGCUGCUAUGUUGGUCAUUGCGUUGUAUGUGUUUAUCCCUUUCCACCCAUAUAUCGUAUUUGGAUCAAGUAAUAUCAUUAGAUUAGGUGAUAUCAAGGGGAAUGCUGAUGAAAAGUUGGAAGAAGAUGAGACAGGAUUGACCAAAAUGGAUAACAAUACUUCAAAAAGCGAGAGUAUUGAGCCAGUAUUGAUGGACAGUAUUGAAAAAUGA